AUGAGGCCCACCUUGCUGGCGUGGUCGCUUCUGUCCCUUCUAUCGAUCCCAACUUUUGCCAUUCCUUCUGGUGGAACCGCGAACGAUAUCGGCUCUACAAACAGCCGGCUUGUCAAGAGAGCCGAUCCGGUUGAAAAGGCUGCCUCAGGCCCAGUAUCGACCACGUUCAAUGGCAUUGAAGUGCCACCCCUGAAGGAAUUAACAGCCGAGAGUUUUGACCAGGCUAUCAAGGAGGGCUACUGGUUCGUGAAGCACUAUUCUCCAUCAUGCCCGCAUUGCAGAGCCAUCGCUCCCACAUGGCAGACUCUAUACGAAUAUUACUAUACAUCGAAACCGAUAUCAUCCUCCUCCGAUACGCAGUCUCUCAACUCUUUCCAGGGAUUCUAUAACUUCCACUUCGCCUCGAUGAACUGCCAAGCAUUCGCCGAUCUGUGCAAAAAGCUAGAUGUGAAAUGGUUCCCGACGUUCUCGCUGUACCGUAAUGGUGAACUUGUCGAGCAAUUUGAAGGGGCGAAGACAAUGGAAGGUCUCAGCGAGUUUAUAGAAGGGAAAUUGGAAUCGAUUCGGCCGGGUUCUCGUCCUCCAAAAGGUGUCAAACUUCCCAAGCCGGGUGACAAGCAGGUUGACUCGGGUGCCGCGCCGGAAACUCCAGCUGCCAAAGACAAGGACCGUGAAGCAGGCGUUAAAGCCGGUGAAAAGCAUAACGAACAGGCUGCUCAACUUGUCAACAAGGAAUCCGCCGAGUCACCUGCUGCGGCCAAGGUUGCCAAGAAGAAACCGUCUGCGCCUGCUAAUCCUCAGGGCAUCUCCGUUCCACUUACAGCUGAGAGCUUCCAAAAGCUUGUCACGACCACUCGAGACCCAUGGUUUAUCAAGUUCUACGCCCCAUGGUGCGGUCAUUGUCAGGCAUUGGCUCCUGUAUGGGGGGGGAUGGCUCGGGAGAUGCAGCAUACCCUUAACAUUGGAGAGGUUAACUGUGACGCGGAGCCUAGACUCUGCAAGGAUGCUCGCGUGAACGCUUAUCCGACAAUGUAUUUCUUCCGCGGUGGUGAAAGAGUCGAAUACACAGGGUUGCGUGGCCUAGGUGACCUAGUCAACUACGCCAAAAAGGCCGUGGAUAUCGGAUCUGGUAUCCCGGAUGUUGAUGCGGCUGAAUUCAAGGAGCUUGAAGAGAAGGAGGAGGUUAUUUUCCUGUAUUUCUAUGACCAUGCGACUACCUCGGAAGAUUUUGAGGCAAUGGAGCGUUUGACUCUCAGCCUGAUUGGUCACGCUAGAAUGGUCAAGACCAGCAGUGCUGCUCUAGCAGAGCGAUUCAAGAUCACCACUUGGCCUCGUCUUUUGGUGUCUCGAGACGGGCGGCCCAGCUAUUACAACGCACUUGCUCCCAAAGAUAUGCGGGAUAUUCGGCAAAUACUCAAGUGGAUGCGGUCGGUCUGGCUGCCCAUCGUUCCGGAGCUCACGGUUUCGAACGCGCGGGAGAUCAUGGACGGAAGGUACGUCGUUCUUGGUAUUUUGAGCCGCCACCGCUCGGAUGACUUCAUUCUCGCCAAGAGAGAAUUGAAGAGUGCUGCUCUUGAAUGGAUGGAAAAGCAGACUCAGUUGUUCCGGUUGGAACGCCAAGAACUCCGGGAUGCCAAACAGCUACGUAUCGAGGAGGCAGAUGAUCGUAAUGACCAGCGUGCGCUGCGUGCAGCCAAGAAUACGCGGAUCACCAUCCGUGAAGACGACAAAAAGCAGGUCGGAUUUGCCUGGGUUGAUGGCGAGUUUUGGGAGCGCUGGCUGAAGACCACAUUUGGCCUCGACGUGAAGGAUGGGGAGCGUGUGAUCAUCAACGACCAGGAUAACCGACGCUACUGGGACUCUACUUCUAGCGGAGCGUCCAUCAUGGCCUCGCGUACGUCUAUUCUGGAAACCAUUCCUCUCGUCAUUUCCAACUCGCCAAAGUUAACGCCCAAGUCGACUAUCGGCACUUUCGAGUCUAUUGUCUUUGUCAGCCGGUCUUUUAUUUCUGGUCAUCCUAUUAUUUUCGCUAUCCUGUUGACCAUCACUAUUGCCGCUACUACGUACCUAGCUCGAGGAAGACUUGCCAAGCGCGGUCUUGGACGCGAUGGCAUCCUUGGUGCGGCCAAGGCCAGCAACGGUGGUUUCUUCCGUCUCGAUGGAAAGGAAGGUCUACUGAACGGCGGCGCCACCGGAAAAGUUGAUUAG